UACCGGAGUCAGUCGGGCUGCGAGCUUCGACCGCGGAGGUUGCCGGGCCACGGGUUCGUCGCAGGUGCGACGCUUUCCGCGUUUUUCCCGAUUCCCUAUCGAUGGAUCGUUCCUGCAAAGAAAACGAUCCAGUUUUUAUGCAAUCAUUGCAAGGAAAUAGACGGUUGCUAGAGCUCGACCUGGACUAUUUGGAAAGAAGAGGAGGCGAGUCAAUAACCUGUGAAAACGCUGAGAGCGGAUCGAAAGAGGAAGAAAGCCCCGCAGACACUCUGGAUCGUGUCAAAGUUGUGUUUCUCGGUGCACCUGGGGUGGGAAAGUCCAGCAUAAUUAGGCAAUUCGUGUGGAGCGAAUUUUCCGAGGAAUACAAGCCAACCGAACGCAGGGAGACUUUCUAUCCGAGUGUGGUACUCGCUGACCGACUGUACGAACUAAAAAUCACGGAUCUACCGACAAUACCGUAUUUUCCGGUCAACUCACACCUCGAAUGGACGGACUUCCGUUAUUGCGGCCUGCGAAGUGCGAACGCCUAUGUGCUCGUAUUCGAUCUCAGCAAUCAGGAUACGUUUCAGUACAUUAGAACAUUGCGGGAGCAAAUUUACGAAGCACGAGACAUGAGAGGUGUACCGUUGUUAGUAGUCGGAAACAAGCAAGACGAAUUAUCGCCCGCAGCAGCUUCCGGAAGUAGGUACAGAGACAUCGUCAAUCUUGUCCGAAAGCAUUGGCAAUGUGGCUACGUUGAGUGUAGUGCAAGAUUUAACUGUCGCGUUGUUCAGGUAUUUCGAGAAUUAAUGAAGGGGAUCCAAGCAGUUGAAGGCAGACCACCCUCACCAACGUCUGCACCCUCGCAACCUCUGCGGGCGCACCCCCACGACACUGGGGAAAAGUGUACUCUUCUUUGACACUAAUAUAAAAAAAUCAGCGUACACGUCUUCUGCGACAAUAUUAUCAGAAGAAGCUGCUUCCUUUCUUAGCACGAUGCAGGGUCGUAAUUAAGUCAAAGGCAGAAGUCAAAUGUAAACGGGAGGAAGGUUCAAUGAAAGGGAUCGAGGCAAAUGAAACCUAACGAUUGAACGUUACUGAGGAUUGUGCAAUAAAUAACUUCCAACACAUCUUAAUAGUUUAAAAGGCGAAACGAAAUCCACGAACCAUUCCUGUGGCUCAUCGAUCAAUCGUAUGGUAUAUAACAUUGUGAUUGUUCAAAGUAUUUUCAUGUUUUACCAAAAGUGCAUUCGUUUCUUAUUCAUUCCUUAUACAAAUAAUUACAAAUUUAAUAUAUUUUUGUUAUAUUACAACUUUGAUACUAGAUACAAAUUGACGGGGAAAAAUGAAUAGAAAGAAAUAUUUUUAUGGUUAUUGCAUUUCAGUUAGGAAAUUAUGAUUUAUUCACUUUUCACGGUGACACGUAUUUCGAAUUAUUCAAAUUUUCGUGUUCAUAUGCAACUGCGUUAACAAUUAAUAAUGAAGUGAAAACCAAAUGUGUAGUGCGAAUUGAGCAUUACCGAGUGGCGUAAAAAUGUACACCGUGUAGUUUUAACGCUGAAGAAAUACAAUCUUGUUGUACAAUUGUAAUCACUCGUUCGUAACAAAGUGACAAGUGUAAUGAGCUGAUUGCAAAUGUGCACUGCGUAAUUACUUGCAAUUGACUGCCGAAUCCCUUUAUACCUGCGCAUAGUUUCGUUCACUGUUUUACUUCUAUAAUUCGCUCUGUAAAUACAUCGUGCAAUUUUAUCUUCUAUACAGGAUGAUGAAUUUUACUUUAUAAAUGCAAUUAAGUAUUUUGAAUAUACAUCAAUUUAAACGUAUGUAUCUAUCAAAUUUCUGCUAAUGACCAAUUUUUUUUUACUUAUUUUGAUGAACAUUGUCUCUGUUACAUACAAAUUAUAUUUAGUUACUUUGUAAUUAAUCAUGCCCUCUAUAAUAAAAUAUUUUAUAGAUUAAAAUUCGUCGUUCUGUAUACAAACUUCGACGAAAAAAGUAAUGAGACUGUGAGAAGCAAACAAUACACGUGUAAGACACUUUUUAUUUAUUUCUUCCUGUGUAUUCACCUGUCACACACUUUCGAAGAAAGAACAAAUUUCGUUUGCACCUGUAGUAUUGUCCUUUUCUUCUUUAUUAGAAAAAUUAUUGUCAUUUGAACUUUAUUAUUUAAAUUCUACUAUAUUCCAUGACUUUUUAUAUUCGUAACAACCAUUUGCACAUUUAUAUAAUAGCAUUGAGAAAUUUUACUUAAAUUCUUUCCGGACACUCGCACUAAAAAUGAAUUUUACAAAGUGUCUCCUUAUAAAAGGAACGCUAGGUUUUAAUUGAAAUUUUUAAAAAUCUUUAUAAUCGGAAAACCAUAAAAUGCAGUGUGAACAAUUAUUUGAAAAUACAGAAGAAACACUUAACUGUGUGAACAAAUGAAUUUUGAACAUAAUGUACAAAAAUUUCAACAUUUCGAAUAACUUUUGUAAGUAAUCAUUAAUUAUAUGCAAAGAAUGUUUACGAGCUUCAUUUAUUACUAGACACAUAAAUUUUUUACAAUGACUUUUUAUACAAGCACUUGACCGAAACAUUGCCAAUAUCGAAUUCCGUAUUCAGUUUUUGCUUUAAGCAGAGCGAUGCAUUUCCAUGCACACCUUAAAACCACUUAAUCAACAAUACAUCAGUGUGACGUUUUCGAAGUUAUUAUACAUAAAAAUUAAUAUCUCAUUAUUAUUCAGAUGUUUCGCAGCAUAAUUUUCUACGCUUCCUUAUAGAUUUAGGUAUUUACAUUUCAUUUUAUCAUUUCUAACAUUUGUGAAAAUAGGAAUCUCUUCUGAAUUAAUAGAAUUUACCGUCUCGUUACUUUCCUACGGUACUAUACAUGUGAUGUAAAUUAUGUAUCUUGAAUGAAACGAAAAGAAUUUGUCCAAACGCAAUGAAAUUCUGUUUUCUGAUUUCUUGUUUCAUGUAUAGUAUAUUAUUCAUGUUUGUUAUCGUACUUCUCUAUUCUAAAGUAAUUAUAUAUUUUUUAUUUUUUUCUAGCAAUGAAUUCGGCCUAAUAAUAAUAAAAUAAUAAUAAUAAUAGUAAUGAAACAAUAAAAGUAAACAUAAUAAUUAUAUUAUAAAUAGCGAACAAAUAAAUGUAAUAAUAGCGUGUUAUUGAGAGUUACCUCAGAUCAAGCAAUAGCGUAUACUAUAUAUAUUUUACUUACUUUUAAGGAAUUAAUUACUAAGUAGCUCAUAAGUGUAGUUGUUGAUAUUAUAAAAUAUUGUGCAUGUACACUAUCGGCUAUAAGUACAAAAAAAUUAUGUGCAAAUAUAUAUGUUAAAUUUGUUGAAUAUUUUCAUAAGAGAAACAUUGUAAGAAAUGUUUCACACGUUUUUUAAUAUCAAUAAGAAAUUAUUCAUCACUUUUCACAAACUUAUUUUAGAUUAUGCAAUUUCAAUAAUGUAAAAAUUCUAUCAUUUUCACAAGCAUAAUUUAUCCUUGUUUUUAAAAAUUCUGAAAUUGUUCACAGUUUAAAAAGUUUAACACGUUCACACCGGCGUGUACCACCGAUGGCUCACAGUAAGAUAUCAUAUUAGACGGCGUGUACCAUCAAAUAUGUGGUUCCUCAAAUGGUGUGGUAAUUAGAAAAUAUUUCCAUAUAUUUGAAAAUUAAUUUACUUAUUGAUAAUUUCAAUAUUUUCAUCAAUUUUAGGAAUUCAGCCGUCAGAUGGGAAAGAGUGUGAAUUACAGCGCCGGUAUGAACGUGUUAAAAACAAGUGAUUUCGGUACAGACUACUGUAUUCAGCAAUUUCGUGAAGAAAUAUCAAGUUCUAUAUUUCGUAUAUGUAAAUGCUGAUUUAUAUUUUUGUUCAGAUUCAAAUUGUAAUUUAUUGUCGUUCUGAUACAGCCGAUAGUGGACAAAUUUGUAUGCAAAUCUAUAAAACGUACGUUACUGUUAUUGUUUAUACCUAUUUUAAGUAAAACGCAAUAUUUUCGACUCAACAGCUCUAUCUUUGCCUGCUGUAAAUUACAGACGAGGCCAAAUAAUGAAUUGUUGAAAGAUUUCCUGACAAUUUUUGCGUUAAACUUGUUGUGUGUUACACGCGUAGGCGAUACAAAAUAUACGUAAAUGUUGAAUAUAUCGUAAAUCAGGAUAGAGAGUAAUUACAUAACAUACAAACAUGUGUUCGUUGGAAAUCUUUAUACCGAAAUACAUAGAAUCUAGAAGAAGAUAACUUUCGACGCGAUUUGUACAGCUAUCGAGUGUCGAAUAAGCGUCGUUUGACAUACAAAAUGGUAUUAUUCAUUAUUUUGUAUGCAGAAGUAACGCAAUAAUAAA